AUGAAGCUCAUCCUCCUCGGGGCCAGCUGGCUGGCUUUAGCUGCCGCCACGCCCAUUGACCCUUCGGCAGCCCCUGCACCAACUCCAGCAAGUACAGUUGCUGCACCUGAAACUACAACAACUACCGCACCAGCGACACAAACCUCGGUCGAAAUAUCGGAGACUCCUAAGGCAGAACUGGAUAAUCUGUGUACGGCAGGGGACGACAAGUCCAAGUCCGACUCCCUCAGUCUCUCGAGCAUUCUGUCAUUGGGGAAACUAGAGGAAUGUGCAGGAAAUACCCUCGGCGACAAGCCCGUCAGUGGAGUUCUUGGUGGUGUGGGCAGUCUUCUUGGAGGCGGCAAGAAAGACGAUUAG